AUGAACUUCACGGAUGAUAUCCCAUCACAGUAUCCGAACGGUGAUGCGCCGAACUUCGUUGACUUCGUCAAUGGAGUAUACGCAAGCGCCACCACAGCCAAGGAAGUCAAGCACGUUGACUUCACCCCUUUCCCCAACGAGAUCGCUCCCAUCAGCUCUCUGCUCGUGCAUUUGACAUGGGACACCACCAUGAAUCCUGCGACCGUCCAGCCAGUCUACGACAGCGGCUUGAGCGAGGCUGCUCUGGAAGGGCUGAAAGACAACGGCUUCGACGAGUGGCUCGUCUACGCCUUGCAGAAGGCACAUCAGGUUGGGGAAGAGAUCAGCCUGGACAACAUUCCAGAGAACGAACUCCUCCUGCUGCAUGUCUACGCUAUUACGCCUUGCAACAAAAUCACCAUGCUCACAGUGCCGAGCCAAUGGUAUGCACACACAGGCGAAACGUUCAAGGAGGAACUGAGAAUGUGUCUUCCUGAGCUAGACGUAGGUCUUCGUGAGAGUAACGAGAAUCGCACCUCGGUGCGCAUCGGGGGUCCUCAAUCCCAGACCGUUCCAACCUCAGCCGACCCCCUCCAGUCUGCCGACGAAGCCCUCCAGAAGAAGCCGCGUUGCUUGAAGUGCAAGGAAAAGAAGAAGAGUUGCAAUCGCGAGCGGCCGUGUGAACGAUGCGCAAAAGUCGGCCUCGGCUUCAAUGACUGCAUCCCGGAAGACGAGAGCAAGAGCCGCAACGGAUUCUACGGCGGCAGGCAUACGAAAGGUGCCAGCAAGAAGAGCCAGAACGUGGAACUGGAACAGGCUGUCGCUGACGGGAACGGGGCAGAUGCCACUGGUCACGCGCCUGGAAACGAAUCCGUUGCCGAUACCGAGAACCUCGCAGACGACGCAGACGACGCGGCGGCAGACGACCACGACGGAAGCAUGUCCUUCUUCGAGCAAGUCAACGAAUACCUGGGUGAUAUGAACGCCAUGGAGGGUUUCUUGGAGUUGUACGGAGAAUACUUCUGGGGCUAUAGGGAUUUCGAAGACGUGCUCAACGCAGCGACAAGGUUCCUUGACAGGCAGAGUGAGCUGUUUGCUGAGUUUCAGGGCUAUCUCCGAGGCGAGGAAGAUAUCCAGGAGCUCAACUGGGCUUACGAGAAUUUCCUCAUCGAGUACACCAAGGAGGAAGAGCAUGUGGAGCAUGAAGGCGAUGGCUUGGAUGACCUCUUCGAAGAUGCAGCUGAUGAAGGCAACCGGCUCAAUCAGAUUUUUUGA